AGAAUUGACAUCAGAAAGAAAAGAAAAGGGAGGUGGGGGUGCCAAGGGGGAACGGAGAGGGAAGCCAAAUCAAAGAAAAGAGAGAAUCGUGUAUUUCUUACGUCAUCUCUCUGUCUCCAAGUUCGUAUCUGAAACAAACAGACAAACAAACAAACAAAAAACCAGAGUCAGGAAAAGAGGGGCAAUUCUUCGUAAGCUCUGGGGUUCUUUAAAUUUGAAAUUUCAAAACCCUAGCUCCCUCAUUUUCCCAUUUAUUCUUUAUUUGUGGAUUUGCACGUGAUUUGAAAGUAUAAUUUAGACAUAUUUGAAUUGAGUUUUUAGAUUGAAGAAGAAAAAGAGGAAGUUUCUGAUAGAGAGAUAUAAGGAAGAAAGGAGAUGCGUUCGAAGAAGAUGGAAGGAACAUCGGCCCCGACUAUGCGUCGAGACCCUUAUGAAGUUUUGUGCGUUUCAAGGGAUUCCACUGAUCAGGAGAUCAAAACUGCUUAUCGAAAGCUAGCUCUCAAGUAUCAUCCUGACAAGAAUGCCAGCAACCCUGAGGCUUCAGAGCUUUUUAAGGAAGUUGCAUAUUCUUAUAGCAUUUUAUCUGACCCAGAAAAGCGAAGACAAUAUGACAGUGCAGGGUUUGAGGCUGUUGAAGAUUCGAUGGAUAUGGAGAUUGAUUUGUCCAAUCUGGGAACUGUUAAUACAAUGUUUGCGGCAUUAUUCAGCAAGCUUGGUGUCCCCAUCAAGACUACAAUCUCAGCUAAUGUUCUUGAAGAAGCUCUAAAUGGAACUGUCACUGUUAGACCCCUUCCAAUUGGAACAUCAGUUAGUGGAAAGGUAGACAAGCAAUGUGCCCACUUCUUUGGUGUAACAAUAAGUGAUGAACAAGCUGAGGCUGGGAUUGUUGUGAGGGUAACUUCAACAGCACAAAGCAAAUUCAAGUUACUUUAUUUCGAACAAGACAUCAAUGGUGGCUAUGGUUUGGCCCUACAGGAAGACAGCGAGAAGACGGGCAAAGUGACAUCUGUUGGCAUGUAUUUCUUACAUUUUCAAGUAUACAGAAUGGAUUCCACUGUAAAUGCGUUAGCAAUAGCUAAAGACCCUGAAUCUGCCUUCUUUAAAAGGUUGGAAGGUCUUCAACCUUGUGAGGUUUCAGAACUAAAAGCUGGCACACAUAUAUUCGCUGUUUAUGGAGAUAAUUUUUUCAAGACUGCUACUUACACAAUUGAGGCACUUUGUGCUAAGUCAUAUGAGGAUACCACCGAGAAGCUCAAGGAUAUUGAAGCUCAGAUUUUAAGAAAGAGAAAUGAGUUGCGGCAAUUUGAAACAGAAUACAGAAAAGCUUUGGCACGCUUUCAAGAAGUGACCAACCGGUACAGCCAAGAAAAGCAAUCCGUAGACGAGCUGCUGAAACAGCGUGAUAGUAUCCAUGCUACAUUCAGUGUAACAAGGACGCCCAACAGUAUGAAUGUUAACGUAAGUAAUGGAAGCACAAGCAAAGUUCCUGGUGAGGCUGAGAGUCCACCGGAAGAUGGAAACUCAGAUGGGAAGGAUAAAUCAGGGAAAAAGAAAUGGUUCAAUUUGAAUCUGAAGGGAUCUGACAAAAAGCUUGGAUGAAAUGGUAUUUAGAUAGGGUUCAUGAGAGGUUUAAAUGCCCACCAUGGUUUGAAAUAUUUGCCAGCACUCUGCUGCCUGCCAAAGCUUGCCUUGUAUUAUUUAUUCAAUUCUUUUCUCCACCAAGGUUGUCCAGUAUGUCAUGUUACAGUAAUGGUCCUGUAUGAUGAGUUAAUUUGGAAAGCAAGUGGAUGCAAGUCUUUUGUAUUCUUAUUUGAUCAAGUGAGCUCCCUCUUUUUAGCAGUCUCAAAGUUCCUAGUUGUCUGUGUAAUAAGAAAUUCAUUUCUGUCUCUCUUGGCGUAACUAUUCAAUUGAGGCCUUCAACUGAUGGAUGGACGAGUAGAUUUGCUCGGAUAUUAUUGCUCAAAGCACAUAUUGGCCAUGUGUGUUGUCUUUUUAA